AUAUUACGAGGUAAAACAUUCUCCACCACUUUUGUCUAAAAGGAAUGAUUAAACUGAUAACUGCUACACUCGUGUGAAAACAGGGUAUUUUAAAAUAAAAUCUUCAACAAAUACUUUUCAGACGGUAUACGUUGUGAUUCUAUCGGAAUUUGAUGUAGGGGGCGGAGGAAUAAUGUUAGCGAUAAGUCACACACUUCAAAGGUCUGUGAAUUAUCCGACCGCAUUCCAAAUUUGUUCACAUCGAGUUCCUUCAUAAUCGUAAUCUACUCUUUUGGAAACAGUUGCAGCAAUUAUGGUUCUUAAUCAAUCAGUGUGUUUUGCUGAGCUACCCAUGUUACUGGGAUAUAAACAUUCCAACACCGGUUGUCGAGCUGUGGAUGAGGAAACACAGACACUCGCACUCACAUCUUUUACUUGUUUCAGUCAAUGGACUGUGACCAUGCUGGGGCAACACUUUAAAGUGUACCCUACUACGCAUUUACUUUUUAAGUCACGAGCACGUUCUAUUUUUCAGCGAACUGCUAAUUUACAGGGGUGCAAUCAACCCCACACCAGUUGUCGGCGAUCUUACGGUACGAGUCCUAAAUAUCGGCCUUUUCCGUAAAAAGGGUUGGAGAGAAACAGGGAAACGACGUCAUAAAAGCGAAAGACAUACAGAGAGCGCGAUUUAUUUUGAAGGGUUUAGGUUUGGGAAUUCCGUCCCUAAACACUAACCCUAACACCGUAGUGAAGAUCGUGCGGGUGUUACGGAAAAGGGCGAUCUUUGGUAAAGAUCGCCGAAGACACUUUUUACUGAAAAGGCCGAUAUUUAGGACUCGUACCGUAAGAUCGCCCCAGUUGUCAACCAGUGGAGUGAGGGUGGGGACAGACAAAUACACACACAAUAUACACAAUUGGGGGGUUAUCACACGAGUUAAAAUAUAAAGAAUAGAAUCUGAAAAUGCAGGAGUUUUUUUUAGAAGUAAUCAUUAACUUAACUGGUUUCACUGAUUUAAAAAAGGCUUUGUCUAUCCUCUGUGGUGUCAAAAAUUAGUCUAGAUAAACGUAUUCAAAUCAAGUGAUAGUCUUUGAUAAUGAUAAGAAAAGUUUGAGGUUUUGUGUAUCCUCUGUGAUGAGUCAGAAAAUAGUUUACAUAAAAACAUUCAGAUCAGGUAUAUACAUCUUGAAAAUAAGGGAAAACAGUUCUAUUGUCCAGAAUAAUGACAUUGGUACCAAACAAUUAUAUACAUCAUCAAUAUUUAUCUUUUAAUGAUACAAAGAAAAUGUUGCGCUGAAUAGAUAUACCUUUGUGGAAAAUUACAUGCAAAUAUUUUCUCUGAACUGAGAUUUAUAACAAAAAUUCUGUUCUCUCCUGACUGGAAUGUGAGCAAGAUUUUACAUUUGAAUUAAAUUUGCACAUAUACAAAUAUAACAUGGAGUUUACAACUCAAUCCAGUUGUUGACAAAAAUUACAGUGGUAAAAAUACUUAUCAGGAAUAAAAUACAUUAAUUAAAAGAAGAUAAAUAUUUCAAUGUUGUGGUAAAAAAAAAAAAAGUUUCCUGGUGAUAUGAAUAAAGAGAAAGGGAAAACAUCAUACCACUGUGAUAUUUGUGGAAAAUUAUUCUCAGAAGCUGGUCGCUUAACAUCACACAAACGUAUUCAUGCAGGAGAGAAACCACAUCAAUGUGAUAUUUGUGGUAAAUCGUUCUCUGAAAAUUCUAACUUGACAACACAUAAGCGUAUUCAUACAGGAGAGAAACCAUAUCAUUGUGAUAUCUGUGGUAAAUCUUUCUCAGUAAGUAGUGUCCUAACUAAUCACAAACGUAUUCAUACUGGAGAGAAGCCAUAUCACUGUGAUAUCUGUGGUAAUUCAUUCGCUGUGAGAGGUACCUUAACUAAACACAAACGUAUUCAUACAGGAGAGAAACCAUAUCAUUGUGAUAUCUGUGGUAAAGCAUUCUCUGGAAGCAGUGAUUUAACUAAACACAAACAUAUUCAUACAGGAGAGAAGCCAUAUCAUUGUGAUAUUUGUAGUAAAUCAUUCUCUCAAAGUGGUGAUUUAACUAAACACAAGUAUAUUCACACUGGUGAGAAACAAUAUCACUGUGAUAUAUGUGGUAAAUCAUUUUCUCGAAAUGAUCAUUUAGUUGUACAUAAACAUAUUCACACAGGAGAGAAGCCAUAUCACUGUGAUAUCUGUGGUAAAUCAUUCUCUCUGGGAAAUAACAUGGCUAUACACAAACGUAUUCACACAGGAGAGAAACCAUAUCACUGUGACAUCUGUGGGAAAUCAUUCUCUCAGAGUGGUGAUUUAACUAAACACAAACAUAUUCACACGGGAGAGAGGCCAUAUCAUUGUGGUAUCUGUGGUAAAUCUUUCUCUCGAAACGAUCGCUUAACUGAACAUAAACGAAGUCAUACAGGGGAGAAGCCAUUUCACUGUAAUAUCUGUGGUAAAGCAUUCUCUAAAACAAGCCAAUUAUCUACACACAUACGUAUUCAUACAGGAGAAAAGCCAUACAAGUGUGAUAUCUGUGACAAAGCUUUCUCUAAAACAAGCCAUUUAACUACACAUGUGCGUAUUCAUACAGGAGAGAAACCAUACCAAUGUUAUAUCUGUGGCAAAUCAUUUCCUCAAAGGAUUCACUUAACAAAACAUGUAGCUAUUCAUAUACUAUAGUAACUCUAUCAGUAUGAAAAUUCAGGUUGUCGACAGUUUCAAUAAAUGAUGAAGUUCUCUUGUA